AUGGUUACUGAACGUGAAAAUGAGAAUUGUAGUAACAGGGAGCAAACCCCAGAAAAUUUAACAACCCAUCAUCAUGUUUCCCAUUCGCAAAGACGUGUCGCUAACCCUGAUGAAAAGAGAUCGAACCCUUUGUAUGAUACGGAAGAAGGAAAUAUAUUUGUAAGUAACUCCCCUACCUCUCCUACAGAUGUGUUUUACAAGUUCUUGAGAAAAGUACGCACCACACCUCCUCUACGUAUUCUCUGGAUUAUCAUUCUCAUUCUUUUAGUGACAAGCGGUAACGCAAUGCAAAUCAUUGGAUUAAACUUUUGGCUUCGUUACUUUCCAAAAGAUGGUGUUCCUGGAAAUUUUACGACUUUAGCUGCUUCAGCCUUACUAUUCGGAGUUUUUUUCCUCAUUCUUCUUAUUGUGUAUAUCAUCGUGAUGAGACCAUCUCUCAGUUUCGCUCGUUGUGCCCGAGGAUGGUGGUUAAUAUUUCUUAUUGCUUUAAUGGAUGCAGUGAAUAGUUCUAUGGCUAUUUAUGCAGCUUCAUAUACACCUGAAGUAUUACAGGCUCUUUUUACUACUCUUGUUCCAGUAUAUGCGGCAGGAUUCACUAAAUUGAUUUUAGAGGAUCCUAGAAAUUACUGUAAUGGAUGGAUUUUUACAUCAUUUUUUUUAAUUAUUUCUGGGGUUGUAGUAGCUUCAGCAUACCACUUUGCUUGUGGUUUCAAUGAUGACUCUGGUAAUAAAGCAUGGUGGAGUGUUAUCUUUUUCUUAUCUGUUCCACCAACAGUUCUGAUGAAUAUAUGGCAAAGUUUAUACAUGAUUGAGUUUACCUAUGAUCCUCUUUUGGAAGAAACACAUUUAUUACAUCAGAAUGUAACUUCUCUAACCCUUGAGUCAUAUUUAUCUGAUGAUGGUAGAGAAAGUGUUUACAGUAAUCGCAAAGAUAACAGUAUUGAGUCUUCUGUUACAACACCUCAAAAAGUAGAUACAACGUCAAAUGACAAAAAUUCUGAAGAUAUACAUGAAGAGCCAGAAGAACAUUAUAAUAAUAUGAUACCUCCUACAGAGGGAAAUGACACUAUAGUAAAACUUGUAAUGCUCGCUGGUGAAACAAAUUUACAAUUCAUAUUAAUUAUGAUGACUCUUCCCAUGGAUGCACUUCCUUGGUGGGGAGGUAGCAGUUCUGUAAGUGCCGCAUGGGAAAACUUUUCUGAGGGCAUAUGGUGUUUGUUUAAUUGUGAUAAGAAUUUUUUAUUUUGUAUGAUAUAUACAACAGGAUUCGUUUUCACAUAUAUUGGAUCUGCGUAUCUUAAUCAUUAUAGUGUCACAUUAUGUUCUAUGAUUGGACAACUUUCUUCACCUUUAACUGCUCUUUUGCUGAUCAUUGUACCUAAAUGGGAUUUAGAAAAGGGAUAUACACCCUGGUAUUUAAGUCUCUUGGCAGCUAUUCUUCUUUGUUUUGGAUCACUUGUGUAUGCCUUAUGGGAAGAAAAAACGGAUGAAGAAAAGUUAUACGGUGAACGGAAAUUAAAAGAAAAAUUGCUUGCUAGAAGAAAUCAAACUCUUCUCCAUGAAAUUCCUUCAUAG